AUGAAGGCGGAGAUUCCGGCCAACGAUGAUCUACUAUCGUUUAUUGCUUCCAUUGAAAGCACGCUCACACCGAGCGAAUCUCGACAUCUGCACCAACUCGCCGCUGCCGAGAGCACGCGUUCACAAGCUACGAAGCACUUGUUCCAGCUUUGGACGCUCAAGGAGGCCUAUGUCAAGACACUAGGAGUCGGCAUCACUUUUGAACUCUCUCGCAUCCAUUUCGAUUUCGACACCUCUGUUCUCGUGGUUGAUGGGGAGCCUUUAAAUCGCUGGGGCAUCAUUUCAUUUGGUGUAUCGAGUCUUUUCAGCGAUGAUGUGCCCGAGAAGUACGUUGCCGCUGUCUGCUAUCAGCGCGAUAGUUCAGAUACAGAGACCGGAGGUGUUGUCAAGUGGGUAUCAGUGGCUGAAGAUCAGCGACUCACGCUUGUAGACCAGCAUGAUCUCAUCCAGAGGGUCGCUCGCGGCUUUCCUGUCGUCAAUACCUCGUAG